UCCUCAAUAUGGCACUACUAAUUAGAACAGAGGAAAUGGCAAACUCCUCUGUUCUCAAGUCGUUUCUUGUGCUUCUUCUUCACCUUGUCUUCUUGAGUCAGCGUAAUGUUGAUUCUGCCUCUAUCGUCAAGUUUCUUCCUGGUUUUGAAGGCCCUCUUCCCUUUGAGCUCGAAACCGGGUAUAUUGGUAUUGGUGAGGAAGAGGAAGUGCAGCUGUUCUACUACUUCAUCAAAUCUGAGAGGAACCCAGAAGAAGACCCUCUUCUUCUCUGGCUAAGUGGAGGACCUGGCUGCUCUUCCAUCUCUGGCCUUCUUUAUGAGAAUGGGCCUCUGAAGAUGAAGCUUGAUGUUUACAAUGGAACUCUCCCUUCUUUGGUCUCUACUAAUUAUUCAUGGACAAAGACCUCGAGCAUCAUAUUCUUGGAUCAGCCUGUUGGAACUGGCUUCUCCUAUUCAAGAACCCACCAGUUUAAUAAACCUAGUGAUUCAGGAGAAGCCAAACGGAUCCACGAGUUUGUUCAAAAGUGGCUAGGCAAGCAUCAAGAGUUCUCCUCCAACCCUUUCUAUGUCACUGGGGAUUCGUAUUCCGGUUUGGUUAUUCCAGCCACCGUUCAAGAAAUCUCAAAGGGAAACUAUCAAUGCUGCAAUCCUCCAAUAAAUCUACAGGGCUAUGUGCUGGGUAACCCGGUAACAGACCAUACAAUUGAUCUCAACUACCGCAUUCCAUUUGCGCAUGGCAUGGCCCUGAUCUCUAAUGAACUAAACGAGUCUUUGAAGAGAAUCUGCAAAGGAGAGAUUAUAAACGUUGAUCCACGCAACACAGAAUGCUUGAAACUCAUUGAAGAAUAUAACAAGUGUACAAGCGGAGUAUGCAAAGAAGUUGUAACAGAUCCAUUGUGCGAGACAUAUACUCCGGAUUGCUAUAUUUAUAGGUAUUUGCUAACUACCUACUGGGGGAAUGACGCGACUGUGCAGGAAGCCCUUCAAAUCAGUAAGGAGAGUAUAGGGGAAUGGGUACGAUGUUAUUUUGGCAUUCCUUACAAUAAUGACAUUAAAAGUAGCAUACCUUAUCAUAUGAACAACAGCAUCAAUGGUUAUCGUUCUCUCAUCUACAGCGGUGAUCACGAUUUUCAAGUACCUUUCCUUGGGACUCAAGCUUGGAUAAGAUCUCUCAACUAUUCCAUCAUUGAUGAUUGGAGGCCAUGGAUGGUCAAGGAUCAAGUUGGGGGAUACACAAGGACUUAUGCCAAUAAAAUGACAUUUGCUACGGUCAAAGGAGGUGGACACACAGCAGAGUAUAAACCAGAGGAAACCUUUGUGAUGUUUCAAAGGUGGAUCAAUGGCCUGCCUCUGUAAAAGAAGAGUGGCUUAUACAUAUACAAGGACAAUAAAUUAUGGCCCUUCACAGAAAAAGAAUAAUUAACGAUUACAGUAAUACGCAUUCUCCAAAUAUAUAAGAACCUUUGGCCUGUGUCUUAAAGAGUCGUAUUAAAUCUCAUAAUUUGUUAGUUUAAUUUGUAUGGAACAUGACUGUUGCUUUAAAAAAAAAAAAAUCAAGAAAAUCAAUAAAAUUUUCUUAUAUUUGAAUU